AAAGGCAUAAUUAAAGAAUUUUUAUAGUAAUGACCACGGCUCUUGCCUCAUCACGAAACUCUUUGACAAUGGCAACAAAAUCAAAUGCCGAUAUCAAAAUAACAAGCAAUGAGGACUUGAAUAAAUUCAUAGAAAGUUUAAAGAAUGAGUUUCUUGAAAAAUACAAUCAAAAUAAAUUAUCAGAGCCGAGUGAUCGAUUGCAUGAUUUCAAGUUUAUGACAAUUUUGGGACAGGGAGCUUUUGGUGUUGUUAAACUAGUAAAACACAAAGAGAACGAUAAAUUCUACGCAAUGAAAAUCAUCAGCAAGAGGCGAGUUGUUAAGACUAAACAGAUUGUUCAUUGCUUAAAUGAAAAGAAAAUUUUGCAAUCUUUGAAUUUUCCAUUCGUUGUUUAUCUAGAUUUUGCAUUCAAGGAUAACAGUUAUCUCUACUUUUGUAUGCCAUUUAUUAACGGUGGUGAAAUGUUUACUCACUUGCGAAAACGAAAAAAGUUUGAGGAAAAAUUAUCGAAAUUUUAUGCAGCACAAGUCUUUAUGGGUCUAGAAUAUAUUCAUAAAAUUGGAUUGAUUUAUCGAGAUUUGAAGCCAGAAAACAUAAUGAUUGACUAUAAAGGUUUUGUAAAGAUUACUGAUUUUGGGUUUUGUAAGCCAAUUAAGGAUCGUACAUACACUUUGUGUGGAACACCAGAGUACCUUGCACCUGAAGUCAUACAGAACAAAGGAUAUGGAGUUUCAGCUGAUUGGUGGUCAUAUGGUGUAUUGAUUUUCGAAAUGUCAUGUGGCUUUUCACCGUUUGCAGUCGGUAAUCCAGGACAAAUGCAAUUAAUGGAACGUAUAUGCAUCGGUAAAUUCAAAAUUCCAAUGACUGUAGGCAAUGACUUGAGAAAUCUCAUUGAGAAUAUUUUGCAAAUUGACUUGACACGAAGAUUUGGAAACCUUAAGAACGGCACAGACGACAUAAAACAACAUCCGUGGUUUAAUGAUAUGAAUUGGAUUCAACUAUAUAAUCAAGAAAUUAUGGCACCAUUCGUACCAAAAGUUUCUGGUCCCGGCGAUUAUUCACAAUUUGAUGAUUAUGAUGACGUAGAUUUGGACAUCUCAAAAACUUGUUUAUACGAAAAAGAAUUCGCCGACUUUUAAAAAUCAUUAAAAAGAAUAUCCGACUACCGAGUAUGAUUAUAAGUUUUUUUUGUUGCUCAAGCAGUUGCUAUUGCCAUGAAAACUGCACGGUUAUUUAUUUAUGUAUGUAUGAUUUUUGCUUUUCGGUUUGUUGCUAAUAUUAUUACUGUGAUCAUGAAAUGG